UAGAAGAACUCGGAGACGCGAAUCCUUAUUCACGGAGCAGAUGUGUGGCCCACAAGUUGAUCAAAUUGAUAAGGGGACCGGUUGGGAGAAGAAGACGAGUAUCUUUAGAAAUUCAAUUCAAUUUACGAGAUUCAAACCUUGAUAGGAAAGCCGAUGAAAUACAAAGGGAGGGCACGACGACGAGUGUUCGACGUUUUUUUUUUAUCAGAGAAUGUAGAGAUGCUGCCAGUUUCCGGGGGAGGAAAUUGUGUAGGAGACGUUUCUAAAGUAGGCCUCUGAAAGAGAAGAUUUCAUCACUUCGCGCCUCAUUGAGACGGAUUCGCUCUAUUAAAACUUUUCUAUUUCCAGUUGCUUGUACUAUUCCGAACUCCACAACCGUGUCAGUUUUUUUGGGGGGUAAAAUCGAUACUAACACACCUGAGUCAAUCCCAGAAUAUACGACUCUACAGUGAUGGAAGCGAUUCAAAGUGGCAGGAACGAAAAAAAGAUUCAAGGCGAUCUCGAAAAAGGCAUCUUUCAUUAUUUCUGCACUUUGGUUUUUCGUCAAAUAAUAAUAACAAAGUUUGUAUUCAUUUUUCGAUAUGUGUAGCCAAUAAUGUGGAAAGCCCAAUUUGGUUUCCUACGAGAAUUCAAGAUCUUGAUCGAUUUCCAAGCAACGUUCUCUCGUACGGAAUCCACUUGGAAGCUGACCAUCCGGGAUUUAACGACGCAGUUUACCGGGAGCGUCGCAAAAAAAUCGUCAACGUCGCCAUCAAAUAUAAACAGUAACACAAUUCGGUGGGAAAAGAAAUCAAAGUUGGUAUACGUAACAAAUUGGCUGGAAAUCAAAUAGCGGCGAACCGAUACCGAAAGUGGAGUACAGCGCCGAGGAAAUCGCUACGUGGCGUGAAAUAUUUCGACACCUGACUCAACUCUAUCCGACUCACGCUUGCCUCGAGUUCAACAACAUUUUCCCCGUGAUGGUUGCACAAUGCGGAUACAACGAAGAAAACAUUCCUCAACUGCAAGACGUUUCCGAUUUCCUUUGCCGUCGAACAGGUUUCGUUUUGCGUCCCGUGGCGGGGCUUUUAUCGUUUCGGGAUUUUCUAGCUGGAUUAGCGUUCCGUGUGUUCCACGCGACACAGUACGUCCGCCAUGGCAGCAUGCCAAUGUACACCCCCGAGCCUGACGUCUGUCACGAACUUCUGGGUCACGCCCCACUAUUUGCCGACUCAUCUUUUGCCGAUUUCGCUCAGCAGAUUGGACUUGCGUCAUUAGGAGCUUCUGACUACUACAUUGAACGACUAGGAACGUGUUACUGGUUCACGCUGGAAUUUGGUUUGUGCCGUCAAGAAGGCAAGCUGAGAGCUUUUGGUGGCGGUUUACUGUCAUCUUUCGGGGAGCUUGAAUAUUGUUUGUCUGACCGAGCUGUAAUCAAACCGUUCGAUCCUCCCAAGACAGCCCUGGCGGAGUACUCCAUCACGCAAUAUCAAUCUGUUUACUAUGUUUCGGACAGCUUCGAUGACGCAAAGCAAAAACUGCUGGCCUAUACUAAAACCAUCCCACGGAAAUUCGACUUGAACUACAAUCCAUGCAACCGCAACAUUGACAUCACAAAUUCAAAGCUUCAGUCCUAGGAAAUUCUCCUAAGAAGAUCAAGAGUAGCUUCAAAAAGUCACGGAGGAUUUUAGGAAAUUGAAGAGAAGAAUUACCAAUUGAACAUGUCUCUUGACUUUUUAAAAUGUACCUAUUAACCUUUUAAAAUAGACGCAAAAAAGUUUGUGUUUACCAGUUGUUACCUCGGUUGUUACGUACCGAUAUUUAUCUGUAGCAAUACGAAGCCCAUACAGACGCUAAUAUCGAUUUCUGAGAAGACCAAGAAUCACUACAAAACUGAAUCAAAUGACUAGAGGUAAAGAAAUAUUCAUAAAGCCCUGCAUUAAAAAAGAAAGAGGAGAUGUUCUGUCAUGUUUCUGGCCGUCAUACAAAAAAAGAAUCUAUCGAGAGGUGACAGGAAACGAAUCAAAUUUAAUUUGCCGUGAAAUCAGUUUUCCACGAACGAGUCUUAAAAAUGCCUUUUUUCUUUAUUUUCAGCUUAUCAUUCGGAUCGGAGAUUGAAACAUGAAAUAUUUUUUCAACUUUCUUAUGAAUAACUGAGUGGGUGUCGGAUGUAUCAAAGAUUUGUGUAUAAACCCAUGCCAUGCCCAUGCAUUCGCUAUUUUGCUCCACCAGAACAAACACAUAUCUCUGUUUAUCUGAUAUGUAUAUCAUAAUAACAACCUCAAAGGAAAUUCUAAACGAAUUUACUGUCUAACUGUCUGUCUAAACGGUUUCGUUACUGUUUCAAAGACUUUGCAGAUGACAAAAUUACGGGAAACCACUUCAAAUGAGCUUCUUGCAUGCUGAUUUGUUAAAUGAAAAAUGCCAAAAUCCUAAUGUGUAGAUGGCCUGCUGCUUUUUGGAAUUCUAAGACAAAUGUAAUGACUACAGCUAAUACCAUUGACAGAAUCUAGAAUAGCUUUCCAUCAAAUAAAUCGGUACGAAAAACAGAUCGUGAAAAAGACUUACCAGUAGUCGUCCUCGUUGUCUUACUUGUUGACAGAUUCCUACCACACACAGUCCAACACGUAGUAAUAUAAGUAUCUCUGAUAACAAAGUAGUUCUGAGUUUAUAAACAGAGAAACUCCCUUGCUAUAUUUCAAGUUUUUAAAACGAUAACACUCUUUUGAAAUAACGUGCACACUGUAAGAACUUUUUGUCUUAAGUAGACAAUAUAAAAACUGAUUUCCAAUUUGAGCUGGUCCUAACUUUCAAUUAAAAUAUUUAAAAAUUUCGGCUUACAUUUUCUAAAUGAUGCAAUUUGGUGCUAACAAU